UAUGAAUAAACUUUGCUUGUUUGAUCACGUGAUUCUCAUGCAUGUGAUUUUUUUUUUGUGAUUCUUUUAUAAAAAUUUUCAAGAUUCCGUUUUUUGUCAUUUACCAUGAAUGAUUCUGUAGUAAUUUUAGACGAUGAAAAUCCUUCGACAUCAUCACCAUCCGGUAACCAAAGUUUUCAUGUUCAAAAAAUUCGUAAACGAAAACAUGACGACGAUAGCGGUGGACAAAAAUUGAAUAAUAAAAAAUCAAUAAAACGAUUCAAUUAUCAAUUUACACCAUGGUCACAAAUCGAUGAACUUAUAUCGGCACGUUUUUUCAUUUAUGAUUCAAUCUACCUUAGCAAUACUAACAAUGAUAAUUCAUUUGAAAUUGAAUUCAAUCAAGAAAAUCAAAUUUAUAGCCGUAAAUUUAAUCUAGAUUCAAAAGAACCACAUGUAAUUUUUGAACAUUUACAAUUAGCACGUGAUUGUAUUUGUGAUUGGGAACAACGAUGUACAAAUUUACCAAACAGAUCGGUAAAUUUUAUUAUGCAACAUUUAAAAUCCAUUGAAUCAAUGGUAAAUAUUUUGCUGGAAGAAUUUCAAUUGGAAAUUGUUCAGAAUAAUAUUGCUGGACAUUCAAAUUCUUCUAUACUUUAUAAUCUUUAUUCGAUUGGUGUUAUAAAUUUUUGUAGUGUUUUAGCAACUUAUUCGGAUGAAAUUAAUAGUAUACGUUGUUUGGCUAAAAAUCUUAAAUGUCCAUUAUGGAUUGUACAAUGUCGUCAUGAUUUGGCACAUCCAUGUUCGAAUCCACCGUCAAUGAAAACACUGAAAAAUGCCAUAACAUUUGGCCUUCGAUGGAUGGAUAAUUAUUUUUGGUCUUCAAACAUUCACAAUGAAAUGCAAUUUCGAUCGAUUGGUCCAUUUCCAGUGUCGGAUUAUAAUCGACCACAAUAUCUUCAAUAUCAAAAUAUGGAAAGAGAAAAAAUUUAUAAUGAUUGUUGGAAUAUUGUUCUUUCACCACAAUGUACAACAAAACGUUCAAAAAAUCUAUUGAAACCAAUCGAAUGUUAUAUGAAUCAUAAUCCAAAUUCAUUUAUCAAUAUUGUUGUACAGAUUUUAAUUUCGGAUGUAUCGAAAAUUUCCGAACAAAUACGUGAUACAAAUUCAUUUCGACCAUUAUUACUUAGACGUUGUAGUCGUUUAUUUCAUAUAAUAUUUUCAAAUGAACCUGAACAUAUGCUACUACUUUUAUUGAAUUUAAUCAUUGAUUCAAUAUCAGAUUAUCAACAAUUAGAACAUCGAAAUCAAUCAUCAUCAUCGUGUGUCCAAAUUGGCUGUUUAUGGCUUGAACAGAUUUUCAAGAUGAUCGUAUUGCCUGCAGAACAGAAACAAACUUCAUUUGAAAAAAGUUUUCUCGCAUUACCUGAUACGAAAAUUCUAUUGUAUGAAAAUCAAUUUUCAUGGUAUCGUUUAUUUUAUAAAUUAAUAAAAUUAUCACCAAAUCAAAUUUUAAUGAGAAUUGUAAAAAUUUUCUAUGAAAAAUUAUUCAAUUAUGAACAUGAUGAAUAUAUAAUAUCAUGGCAAAAAUAUCAACAAAUUUUAAAAUUAAUGAAAAUAACGAUUGGUAAUGACGAAAUCAAAAAUCAAAAGUCACAAUCUCAAAAUAAUGAUGAUAAUAUUUUUACUGUUGAUCAAUUGAAAAGACAAAUUGUUUCGAAAAAUCAUUCAAUUUUGCCAUCAACCGAAACAAAUCCCGAUUGGAAUCGAGUAUUUAUUGGGGCUUGUUUGAAUUUUUAAAACAGACAUGCGCUAUUCGAAUAUCUUGGAUAAGAUUCGAAUAGAAUGGAUCGAUCCUGGAUGACUCAUCACUGAUAUUCAAU